AUGAAUCUGGAAAACCAGCACCGGCACCCGAGCCAUGUCCGCGGCAUGAUAAGGUCGCGGAAGUUACUCGCCCUGAUCCUUCUCGUCGGCACCGCUGUACUCACGCUCUACCUCCUCCAAACCCCCGGGCAGAUCCAGACCCUCGAGGAGUCGACGGCCUCGCUCUUCCAAGGCCACCAUGCCCACGAAGAAAACCAGCCGCUGCUCCCAGCCAGCUCCCUGCUGCAUCCCAUCCACCAGCUAGUCACCCAGGGUGAAGGGGACUUUCAGACCGUGCGAGCCCGUCAGUCGCGGUCUCUCAGCGAUGCCGUGGCCGAGUAUCGUCGGCGGUACAAGCUGCCUCCGCCGCCGCACUUCGACAAGUGGUACAACUUUGCAAAGAAGCGGGGCGUCGAGCUCAUUGACGAGUAUGACACGAUAUACCACCAGUUGCUGCCAUUCUGGGCCCUGGAGCCUGCGGUCAUAAGAGAGAGGACAAGAGAAGCGAUCGGGUUCGACAAUGCCUUGAUCGCGGUCAUGAUCCGGAAUGGCAAGGUCACGAAGAUCGAGGGGGGCGGGGACAUGUACGAGUGGCACCGGGAGGCGACGCCCAUCAUGUUGAAGGAUUUCAUCAAAUACCUGCCCGACAUGGAUUUGGCGUUUAACAUCCACGACGAGCCUCGCGUGGUGUUGCAGCACGACGACCUUCUGCAUCACGUCCAGGUGGCUAAAGAUGAGAACAUCCCUAAGGCCUACGGUGCCCAAAACUUGAAGAACGAAUGGUCGCCCCGCGCCGAAGACCUGGGAGAAGGGAUCCGGAUCAAAGAGUACAAGACCACCCGCUUCAACCGCUUUGCCCAUCAACCGACAUGGAGCAAUUCCCGAAUCUCCUGCCCCGCGGACAGUGCGGCCCGUAACUGUCUCACGGAUUCCUGUCCCGACAACAUCACGGCCUACUCUGAUCUGCCACUGGGCUUCAUUCGGAAUACCACCGCCUUCUCCGACAUCUGCAACUCUCCCAGCAUGGAGAAAUCGUAUGGCUUCUUCGACCGGCCCAACGCCUUCGAUGUGACACACGACCUAUUCCCCGUUUUCUCCCAGUCCAAAAUCUCGUCCUUCCAAGAUAUUCUCUACCCCUCGCCCUGGUAUUUCAUGGGUCGCGUCAAAUACGAGCCGGAACGGGACAUGCCUUGGGAACAGAAGGUCCCCACGAUGUACUGGCGAGGGAGCACGACCGGUGGCUUCUCCCGCGACGGCGGGUGGCGGAGACAACACCGUCAGCGAUUCCUCACCAAGAUCCAACCCCUCAACACGGCCAAGGUUCUCGAGUUGGACACGAACACAUCGGCCGAAGAUUCUCUGUGGCGCGAGAAGGUCAUUUCCGCAGCCGACGUGGCCCAUUAUUUUGACGUCAAGUUCACGUACAUUGGACAAUGUGACCCCGGCGACUGUGACGCCCAACGAGAGUACUUUGGCACCGUGGAGCCGGUGAACAUGUUUGACGCACUGGGGUCUCGCUACUUGCUUGACAUCGAUGGCAAUGCCUUCUCGGGGCGUUAUUACGCCUGGUUGUUGAGCAAGUCGCUGGUCUACAAACUCGCGGUGUUCCGCGAAUGGCACGACGAAUGGCUGCGGCCGUGGGUGCACUAUAUCCCCCUUGGGCUGAUCGGGGACGAGUACGCGGAGAGUGUGCGGUACUUUGAUCAAGAGGAGGCCGGCAAGGUGGAGGGAAAGAAGAUCGCCGAGCAGGGAAGAAGCUGGGCGCAAAAGGUGCUCCGAAAUGAGGAUUUAGAGGUGUGGUAUUUCCGGCUGUUGUUAGAAUACGGCCGCUUGAUCGAUGAUAACCGAUAUAAUAUUGGCUUCAGCAUCUCAUGA